AUGGACCGAAGUUCGAUUAGCGGUCUGAAUGGUCGAAUAACGCUUACCUUGGUCCCAGCUGCUAUUCACGGUGCCCCUUCGGUCUUCUACCGGGUCAAUGCUGACUAUAAUUCGGAUAUGGAUGACUCAAGAAUAUGCCGUUGGUUGUCGAUUGAUGUGAAGAAAGGCGAUGUUGUACAGAUAAUGAGCCAGGAUGAUAAUUGGAUCCAG